AUGAAUCAAGCACGUCGUUGGCAGAGGAUUUUGAUCCUCUCGCUGCUAUUGUUAUCCGUCUUCGCUCCGAUUGUUUUCGUUUCGAAUCGCCUCAAGAGCAUCACUUCCGUCGAUAGAGGAGAAUUCAUCGAAGAGUUAUCCGACAUUGACAGAGAAGGCUUCAAGGAGCUUAAACGAAUUCUACAUGAUCAGGAGGAGUUUAAUCCUGUGGUUUGGUCCAGUUCCUCUAAUAAAAGUCGUGAUGCUUCGCAGUCUAAUGAGGGAGACAAACAAAAAUAUCUCUCAGAAAUUGGUGGGGGAAAGAAUGACACAACUAAGGAGGAACAAGCAGUAGUUUCACAGCAAACGACAGUAAGCUCUGAUGCAGAUGAGAAAUUUCCUGCCAGAUAUAUUCAACUUAAUCAUAGAACUGAAUUCCAACCCCCUCUUCUUAAGAAUGAAAAGAAUACAAGGGUCCAGCCUGAAAGGGCAACAGAUGAGAGGGUAAAAGAAAUCAGAGACAAAAUCAUCCAAGCAAAAGCCUAUCUGAAUUUGGCCCUACCUGGGAAUAACUCCCAAAUAGUGAAGGAGUUGAGAGUUCGAACAAAAGAGCUGGAACGGGCUGUCGGUGAUGUCACCAAAGAUAAAUAUUUGUCUAAGAGCUCUCCUCAAAGAUUGAAGGCCAUGGAAAUUGCUUUAUACAAGGUCAGUCGUGUCUUUCACAACUGCCCUGCCAUUGCUACCAAACUCCAUGCCAUGACUUAUAAAGCUGAAGAACAAGCUCGGGCUCAGAAGAAGCAAGCAUCAAAUUUAAUGCAGCUUGCAGCUAGGACUACCCCAAAAGGUCUUCAUUGUCUCUCAAUGAGGUUGACAACAGAAUACUUUACCCUGGACCAUGAAAAAAGGCAGCUUUUUAACCAAGGUUAUAAUAAUCCUGAUCUCUACCAUUACGUCGUCUUCUCUGACAAUGUUCUGGCCUGUGCGGUUGUUGUCAACUCUACAAUCUCCUCUUCAAAGGAACCGGAAACAAUAGUAUUUCAUGUGGUGACGGAUUCACUCAGUUACCCAGCAAUCUCAAUGUGGUUUACAUUAAACCCGGCUGGCAGAGCUACAAUCCAAAUCCUAAACAUUGAUGAUAUGAAUGUCCUGCCUUUAGACCAUGCUCAAUUGCUGAUGAAGCAAAAUUCAAGUGACCCGCGUAUCAUUUCAGCGCUUAACCAUGCACGCUUCUAUCUCCCAGAUAUUUUUCCAGAUCUGAACAAGAUCGUACUCUUUGACCAUGAUGUAGUAGUUCAAAAAGAUCUAAGUAGACUGUGGAGCCUUGACAUGAAUGGAAGAGUUGUUGGAGCUGUAGAGACUUGUCUCGAAGGUGAACCUUCAUUUUGUUCGAUGGACACAUUCAUUAAUUUCUCAGAUGCAUGGGUUGCUCAGAAAUUUGAUCCUAAGGCUUGCACUUGGGCAUUCGGGAUGAAUCUUUUCGAUCUCAAAGAAUGGAGAAGACAGGAUUUGACAUCUGCAUACCUGAAAUACUACGACCUGGGAGUAGAAAGACAUCUGUGGAAAGCAGGGAGCUUGCCGAUAGGUUGGUUGACUUUCUUUGGGCAAAUGUUACCUUUGGACAAGAGAUGGAACAUGGUUGGGUUAGGUCACGAAUCAGGAGUCAGAGCAAGCGACAUCGAACAAGCAGCAGUUAUACACUACGACGGUAUCAUGAAACCGUGGCUAGACAUCGGUAUAGACAAAUACAAGCGGUACUGGAACAUACAUGUACCUUACCAUCAUCCAUACAUACAACGGUGCAACAUUCACGAUUGA